GGACAUCUUGAAUUUAAAGGGGCUUCAGCAGCAGGUCGGGGGGCUGGGGUCUUAGCAGCAUAUUGGCUCUCUGAUAGAAGAUGUCCACAAUGGUGUACCCUCGUGAAGAGAAGCUGGAGAAACUGUCCCAGGAGGAGAUCAUCUCCAACACCAAGCUGGUGAUCCAGGGUUUGGAGGCACUAAAGAAUGAACACAACUCGAUUCUGCACAGUUUAUUGGAGACCAUCAAGUGCCUGAAGAAAGAUGAGGAGGCCAACCUGGUCCAUGAGAAAUCCAAUCUCUUGCGCAAGUCUGUGGAAAUGAUUGAGCUGGGCUUGGGCGAGGCUCAGGUGAUGAUGGCUCUGUCAAGCCACCUGAACGCAGUGGAGUCAGAGAAGCAGAAGCUGCGUGCUCAGGUGCGCAGGCUGUGUCAGGAGAACCAGUGGUUGAGGGAUGAGCUUGCCAACACACAGCAGAAACUGCAGAAGAGUGAGCAGAACGUGGCCCAGCUGGAGGAGGAGAAGAAACACCUGGAGUUCAUGAAUCAGCUGAAGAAAUACGACGAGGAUGUCUCACCCUCGGAGGAGAAGGACGGUGAACCACCUAAAGACUCUCUGGAUGAUCUCUUCCCUAAUGAUGAAGAGGAACACACCCAAGGCAUGCAGCAUCAGCACAACAGCGCGGCGGUGGCGGCGGCUCAGCAGGGCGGCUAUGAAAUCCCAGCCCGCCUCAGGACCCUCCAUAACCUGGUCAUCCAGUACGCCUCCCAGGGCAGGUACGAGGUGGCCGUACCCCUCUGCAAACAAGCCCUGGAGGACCUGGAGAAGACCUCUGGCCACGACCACCCCGACGUUGCCACCAUGCUCAACAUCCUCGCCCUCGUCUACAGGGAUCAGAACAAAUACAAAGAGGCAGCGCACCUGCUUAAUGAUGCUCUUUCCAUCCGAGAGAAGACGCUUGGCAAAGACCACCCUGCAGUGGCUGCCACUCUGAAUAACCUGGCAGUGCUUUAUGGGAAAAGAGGCAAGUACAAGGAGGCUGAGCCUCUGUGUAAGAGAGCUCUGGAGAUCAGAGAGAAGGUACUGGGGAAGGACCACCCUGAUGUGGCUAAACAGCUGAAUAACCUGGCUCUGCUCUGCCAGAACCAGGGCAAAUAUGAGGAAGUGGAAUAUUACUACUGCCGCGCCCUGGAGAUCUAUGAGUGCAGACUGGGCCCCGACGACCCCAACGUGGCCAAGACCAAGAACAACCUGGCCUCCUGCUUUCUCAAACAGGGCAAAUACAAGGAGGCCGAGAUUCUGUACAAAGAGAUUCUGACCAGGGCUCAUGAGAAAGAGUUUGGAUCAGUGGACGCGGAGAACAAGCCCAUCUGGAUGCACGCCGAGGAACGUGAGGAGAUGAGCAAGGGCAAGCACAGAGACAAUACCCCCUAUGGAGAAUACGGUGGCUGGUACAAAGCAUGCAAAGUCAACAGCCCCACUGUGAACACCACUCUGAGGAACCUGGGAGCUCUGUACCGUAGACAGGGUAAGAUGGAGGCAGCAGAGACUCUGGAAGAAUGUGCCAUGAGGUCUCGCAAACAGGGUAUUGACCCUAUUCACCAGUCUCGUGUGGCGGAGCUGUUGAAGGACGGUGACGGAGAGCGGAGGCGGAGCAGGGAAAGCCUGUCCAGCGUUAAGUACGAGAACAGUUCUGAGGGCGGAGAGGAAGUGAGUAUGGCGGUAGAGUGGACAGGGGAUGGCUCGGGUGCUUUGCACAGGAGUGUGUCUCUGGGGAGACUCCGGGACGUUCUGCGUCGGAGCAGCGAGCUGCUGGUGAAGAAACUCCAGGGCAACGGGCCCAUGGAACCACGCAGCAGCACAAAUAUGAAGAGAGCUUCUUCCCUGAACUAUCUGAAUAAGGCCAAUGAAGAUUCCUUUCAGGGACCUGUGAGUGGCAGGUUGAGGGAGAGUCGCGGCUUGAGUUCCAGCAAUGUUGAUUUGUACAGCGGUAACUGA